AUGGAGUCACUCCCCACAAGCCUGUCCCAAGCGUUGGACGUCCCCUUCUCCUCUACGCGUCAAUGCUCAGUGCAGCUGCCCUCAGAUAUUGCGGUCGGCUCUGUCAUUUAUGGUGGCUAUGUAGCCAGCGCCAUGACCAAAUAUGCACUCUAUUACGCCUCCCAACACCCCAAACUGGAAACCCAGAUUGAUCUUCGAAACCCUUAUGUCCAAUUCUACCGUCCGAUAUUUGCCUCGGCACCGUUGAUUAUGACCUUGCGAGAAAAUGAGAAGAUCACCGCGUCUGCGGAUAUAGCCAUCACCAACUUGUCCAUCACAGGCAUAACCCUUCAAACAGACUGGCGUCUCUCCACUACCCCCUCUCCCGUGGACCUCACGAAACUCGAGACUGAUAGUGACCCGAACUGGAUUUCUUACCACUGCGCAUUCUAUCCCGAAGGAUUCCGAAGGGGCCAGUCCUACGUCAAGAACUUCAUCCUGAGAUUUGUCGGAGACAUGGCGCUUCCCAUUCAAGAGAACUAUGACCCUUACGAAGAAGGGAAGCCGUUUCCGAUGGGGAGUAUAGCGGCCAUACUCGAGUUUACGAAGCGCCAGGAAAAGGCCCGCAAUGAAGGACGGAGCGAUUGGAGAAUUCUCAAUGAUGAUGGCACCAGAAACUUUUGGGCCAAAAUGUUGAAUGUCUCCUUGACUCUCUCUACAGAGAUCAAGCAAAGGCUUCCCGCGGAGGGCGUCCGAUGGCUCUACUUGCGGACCGAGUGCAAGAGGAUCUUGAACGGCCAAAUGGAUAUGGAGGUUCUUAUUUUUGAUGAAAGGAUGGAUCUGAUUGCUAUCAGUCAGCAGAUAGCGGCUCUGGUACCUGCUAACUCGAAGAUCCAGAAGUUGUGA